AUGGCUACGCGAUUUGUUCUAAUGGUCACGAUUUUACAGCUUGCGAUUUGGGACUGCUACGCCGUGAGUGGAAUAAUCUGGCAUAAACAACAACAAGAAUUUGUGCAUUUGUUUAGCAUCCCACAAUUUGCCGCUCUUCAAAAAGAAAAUUUAAUUAAACGUCAAGCGGUUAUAGAAAAGCUGAACAUGAACGGAGAAGUGGUGAAAGCUGUGUAUUACGAGGAAAUGAAUAUGGUAAUGUUUAACGACAAUGAUACAACGAUUAAUGGUAUUUUCGGCCAACUGUGGUACCUUCUUGAGGAUUAUCUCAAUUUUACAUUCAUCCCAAUACGAACAGCCGAUCGAACUUUUGGUGAGUUGCUGGAAAAUGGUAGUCAUAACGGUUUGCUUGGCAUGCUCGAGCGAAAUGAAGCGCAAGUAAUCAUGAGAAGUACAUUCUAUUUAACUCGCAUGAAUGUAGUGGACUAUAUAAUGCCUACUUGGAAAAGCACGUACUAUGUUUAUGUUCAUCCAAAAUGGCUGUACGAUAAUACAUGGGUAUUUACGCUAUUUUCAUGGCAAACAUGGUUGAAUACAGUAUUUUUGUUCAUCAUUUUAAGUUGCGUUGGUUAUUUUCUGCAGAAAGUAUCGAUGAGCAAAUCUAAACACAAAAGAGAAGGUUCCGUAGGUUUCAGCCUAGGCGAUCAUUUUUUCUAUUCGUUCACCAUAAUGAGCGCACGAGGCUACAUACCCAACGCUUUUUAUAACAAGUUCAAGAUCUUAACAUUGUCAAAGACUAUAUUUGCGUGGCUAAUACUGUUAGCCUUUAGUUCUCAUCUCAUAUAUCGGAUGACAUAUAGAGAGCAGAUGCUGUCGUUUCAAGAUGUAGAGUCUCUUUUUAACAAUACAAAAUACAUCUUACUGUUUACAUAUGGAAGCUUGGUUGAUGAAUAUUCAUCUGCGCGUAUAAAUAUUAUAGAUAUAGCAGAAGACAUGUAUUAUCAAAUUUGUUCUAACGUGACGAAAUAUGCAUUAUUUGAUUGCGACGAUCGAUUUAUGGCAUUAAGCAGAAAGUGCCAACUUCGAGCCACGGGUAGAGCCAACGCGACCUGGAUAACAAUCGCAUUUCAGAAGAAUUACCGUUACAGAAAGAACUUCGAUUACGCAAUCAUCAAAUUCAGAGAAGUUGGACUGAUUGAUAAUCUUAGAGAUAAUUGGUUUAAUAUCAGACUGGAGGAUACAGACCAAGAAAUAUUCAACCCGAUUGAUUUCCACCAAGUCUAUUUGAUUUUUUUAAUAUUAUAUUGCGGGAUCCUAAUAUCAUUUGUGAUACUCAUUCUGGAAAACAUAAUGUACUAUUACAAAAUAAAUAAUAUACGGCAAUAUAGACGCAGAUAA